AUGAAGAAAUAAAUAGCUGAUUUUUUAAUAGUAGGUGGAGGUGUGAUCGGAAUAUCGGUUGCAAGAUCAUUAAGUCAUAAGUACCCUUAAGCGAUCAUCAAGUUACUAGAAAAAGAGAAAGAGGUAUCUUAACACACAUCAGGUAGAAACUCAGGAGUUCUUCAUGCAGGUUUUUAUUAUUCUACUGAAAGUCUCAAAGCCAAGUUUUGUAAAGAAGGUAACGUGAGAUGGACAGAAUAUUGUGAUGAAUUUAAAUUACCUAUUAGAAAGUGUGGUAAACUUGUGGUUCCCAAAAAUCAAGGGGAAGUUGAGUAUAUGCAUGAUUUAUUCAAGCAAGGGAUGAAAAACAACGUGCCACUGCAUAUGAUAACAGCUGAGGAAGCUAAAAAGAUAGAUUCAAAUGUUAGAGGAUAUGGCAAGGAGUUUAUUUGGUCUCCAAUCACUAGUACAGUUGAUACAAAGGCACUUCUAAAAUUUAUGGUGUAAUUAAUAGAUAGAUUUUAAUUGUAAUUUAGAGAUGAAACUCAUGAUAAGAAUCCAAACUUUGAGAUUCUUAGAAGUAAUGAGUUUAAGCAGCCUAAAUCUAAAGAUACUCCUAAUGUUCUAUUAACUUAAAAUGGGGAUUAGAUACAUUAUAAAUACUUAAUUAAUGCAGCUGGGUAAUAAGCAUUAAACAUUGCAUAGGAAUAUGGAUUUGGUAAAGACCUAGAUUACUUUCCAAUUAAGGGCAUAUAUUCUAUUAGCGAUAGACCAUUAGAUCAUAUCUACAAAACAUUGGUGUAUCCAGUACCACUUAAAGGAGCUUAUUUCUUAGGAGUGCACUCAACUAUUACUGUUGAUGGCUAUUUGAAGGUUGGGCCAACAGUUUCACCUGCCUUUUCGUGGGAAAACUAUCAUGGAUUUUAGAAUUUGAAAUUCAACGAGCUCUAUAGAAUAAUUAAAAACUAUUGUCACCUGCUUGUAUCUGACUAGAGGAAGCUUAUUUGGACUUUUAUUACUGAGGAAAUGCCUAAGCACUCUAUCAAAAGAUUAGUCAAUGAUGUAUCUAAGAUACACUUUAUUGGGCCAGAAGAGUAAAAAGCUUUUAAGUCAUUUUACCGGCCUGGCAUUAGAGCUUAGUUGAUUAAUAAGAAGAGUAUGAAAAUGCAUAAUGAUUUCAUUUUAGAGUUCGGUGAUAACUAGCUGCAUAUUUUGAAUAUUGUAUCCCCUGGCUUUACCUGUGCAUUGCCCGUAGCUGAUUAUAUUGUAGAUUAGAUUGCUCUUAAAUUAGACAAAUGA